AUGAGGGCUCUGACUCACAAGGAGUUAAAAACCUACCUGGAUAGGGCUGCCAAUGUUCAUGCACUGGUUAUCCAGCCGUCCAUGUUAAAAGGACAACUUACUCAAACACAGCAGCUAUUGAACUAUGACAAAUCGCAGACGACGGUACAGGAAAAAGACUGCUUCUCAUUACCAUGGCAAGCUUUCCAGGUUCACGAGCAGACCCGGGGCGCUCCCCCCGCACCCCACAGCACCGAUAAAGGAGAGGGGAACGGGGGGAAGCGGGGGGCAGGGGCCGCGGCCGGCGUUAGGCGAGCGCCCAUCCCCCGCCCGCCUCCAGCCGCCACAGCGACAAACAGGGCGCCCGCCCCCCAUCCCCCGGCCCGGCCCGGCCACGGUCCCCUCCCGCCCCGCUCCCGGCCCGCGGGGGUCGGCGGUGGGCAGCCCCGGUCCUUACCUUGCGAGCGGCGGCGGAGCGGCGGCUCCCCCCCUCCUUGGGAACGGAGCGCGUUGUGGUUGGCAAUGGCAGUCGGCAGUGGGGAUCCAGCCCUGCGCGGGUGCGGCGCAAAGCUUGUGCCUGGGCCCGUUACUGCGUCUACCCUGAACUACAAACACCAUCUUCCCAUGCUUCUGCUGAGCAGCGACAAUGUGCAGAGCUGGAGUCAUCUGGCUGAAUCUACAAAGUCAGGGUGAGACUAAAGGCCCAGUGAGAUGUACCAGUGCAUCAGCAGGAAGUGGAUGACUGACUUCAGAAAAGCCAGUUCAAGCCUGGUCCACCACACAGUCUAGGUGCCAGAAUGAAUUUUGCCCACACAUGGCAGUGCAUAAAUAAAUACCAGUGAACCAGGAAGGCUCUGUGUUCGUUUUUAGCUCUUGUAUAUGCAAAGACUCCCCAGUUACAGCAUGCAUUAUGGGACCCCGUCCUAGACAAACACAGCACCAAGAGAACACUAACACUUGCUGGGUGAGAAGUGGCGGUGACUCAGCAUCACGUUGUGAAAUGGGGAGAGAGGGACAAGUCUGGCCAACACCAGGGCAAAGCCUUUCCCUUGUAAAAAUUACCAUACUGCCUUUGAUAUGCAGGCGAGCCCCAGCUAAACCUGCUAUUUAAACAAGCGGGACUUACACUCAGUUGACCUAAAGAGAAGAACUGGCAGGCUCCCGUCAGGGGAGCACCCUGGCACAGGGCAGAGGAGGGAUUGGGGUGCUGGAGUCAGGCCCCUGCACAGACGGUCCCAUUCCCCACAAAGAUGCUGUUUUCAGUUUGCAUCCCAAAGUGGAUUCAUGUAAGCCACAAAGGCACCUUUAGUCCUAAUAAUGCUGCUGUGCCAGAAAACAGUGGGAAAGAGCAGAGAGAGAUUCACCCACACCCUAGCAAUUUCCCCAUGACUUAGCCAUGACUUCCCUGUGUCUAUGAGCAAUGAAUCUGGAGCACGGAACAGUUCGGGCCAGUGGCGUUUGUACUCUAAGCCUUAUUUUUUCCCUUAUUAUGAGGAAGAUAUCAAAUUAAACAAAACAAACUCUAAAUUAUUUGUCUUUGUGUUGAGUAUACCAAGAAAGGAAAUGGAAAUUCACCAGUCUGAAGGGACUGGCUUUAUUCUUUUUGCAGCUGCUGACAAUGGCUGCAGGAGAGGACGUGCUGGGAAAGGGACGGGUUUCUGAGUAGGGAGCAUCUUCUGCCACUACCUUGGCAUACAAACUCAUCAGUGAUUGAUCAGUGGACACGUGGUAAUAAAUGUCUAACAUCAUGCCUGUAGCACUACUUUUUAUCCAUUGCUUUAUACAUGCACAGAGGCAUUGUUGAUCUCCAUAAGGCAGAGAGGAUUCAACCCCAAAACAAUCAUGUCAUUGAUGCACUUACCCAGAUCCAUCUCGGAGGUUUCUGCUUCCCAGAAUAAACAGCAAAAGUGGAAGAGCAGUGCGACCAGGUAACUAGUCCCUCAUUCAUAGACAGUUGAUGAACAGUGUGAUCCAAAGCCAUGAAGCAGCUUUCAGAAAUUUCAUGACACAAGUUAUGCCACUUAAAGCACAUUUAAUACAGCUGUAAAUCAGUGGUGUUAAGACAUGUGAACCACUUAGCAUCUCCCUGCUAAACAGAGGUUCAGUGGGGCACGGGCUCCUCGUCCUGGCUGUUCUGCACAGGGGCAAUUUCAUGUUUCUAGUUUUUAAAAGCUACCAGCAAGCUUUCCAAAAAUAGCAGAGCCUGUAGAUGACAAACUUAAGAAUUGCUGCUUUGGGAUUGGGAUAUUUACCGAACAAAGCCAUUGGCCUUAGUGUUUUAUUGCUGCUGACCUUCUACCCAGGGCCCCAGCGUAUCCUAAGGGCUUUAAGAAGGACACAAAUGUGUGUGCGAAUGUAUCACACCAAGGCGAGCUUUCAGAUCACUGCCAGAGGAACAUAUUUUAAAGGAAAAGUGAGAGAAACAGGAGAAGAGAUGCCAGCUGCUUCAGCCCCCUUCAAGCAAGGGCUCCUGCACCUUGUCUUUCUGCAGGGUAACAGCCACUCCCACUGGGGCACAUUUUUCUCUUUUUUUUUUUUUUGGAGAGAAAAGAACA